GCACUUAUUUUUAUGACCUAGUGCCGUACGCCAUUAUUGUUCGUUUGUUGGUGGGCGAGGUUGUUGUCAAAAUGGGAAAGCAUAAGUUCAAGACGCGUUGUUAUUUAGAUAUAAAGAUUGAUUCGCAGCCAGUUGGUCGUAUAGUUUUCGAAUUGUUCAAUGAUAUCUGCCCAAAAGCUGCUGAGAAUUUUAAAAAAUUGUGUCAAGGUGUUUGUGGCCUAGGUCUGAAGACAGGGAAGCCAUUAACCUACCAAGGAAGCGUCUUCCAUCGCGUUAUAAAGGGUUUUAUGGUACAAGGUGGUGAUUUCAGUAAUAAGGAUGGAACUGGGGGUGAAUCAAUAUACGGUGGCACUUUUGCUGAUGAAUGCCUUACAACCGAACAUGACCGGCCGUUUUUGCUUUCCAUGGCAAACAGAGGGCCUAACACUAAUGGCUCUCAAUUCUUCAUUACGACUGCUCCUGCUCCCCACCUGAAUGGAAAACAUGUGGUGUUCGGACACGUUAUAUCAGGAGAGGAUGUUGUCAGGAAGAUCGAAGCUGUUCCAAUCUCUGACACUAAAGCCCAUCGCCCAGUAAAGUCGAUUGUGAUUGAGUCUUGCGGUGAACUUAUUCCUGUUAAGAAAAGUAAGGUAAUAGGCGAGGAAAAGAAGUCGAAAAAAGCCAAGAAGGCAAAGAAGAAGAAACGAAAAUUAAGUGAAGGUGAGGAGUUUUCUGAUAGUGAAAGUGGCAUGGAUAAUGAAUGCAGUGUCCGCAAAGAAGAAAUACCGGAAGUACCGCCACCGAAAUUUCUGUAUCGUGGGAACUACGAAGAGGAUCAGCUAGAACUUCAAAAGAAAGCGAAUCUUAGUCCAAGGCUAUUCAGUCAGCGAUCUGAAUCGAAAAUUUAUGUAGUGGAAAUCAACUUUAUUCUGUGAAGUCAAGACACGAUAUAGACAGCUGUGAAAGUGCUCGUAGUCGGUACCAAGAGGAUCGUUCAGGUCGAGUAGUCAAAGGGCGCGGACGAAUCUGUUACCAGAGCCCAAAUUCUCGUUCAGGAAGUCCUGGACGCAGCACCACCCCACCGCACUGGCGCCAAGCAAGUUCUCAUACCCAGAGAUUAGACCAAGAUGAAUGGAAACAAUGGAAUGAACGAAGAAAUCACGAACAAAUAAACAACUUACAGAGAAGGGUAUCGUCAUCCCGCUCAUCACGUGGAAGUAGGCAGGAUCCGCUGUCUCCAUCCAUAGCUGCUAGUCGUAAUAGAAACCCAAGUGCUUCGCCAUCAUCUGUUGUUAUAGCCAAUACUGGUGUUUCUGGUAGUCUAAGAGAUAUUGAUUCUUCCGAGAAAGGAUUUUCAAUGGACCAACGAGAUGGUCAUAAACAACGUUCUCCCAGUCAUUCACCAUCACUAGAUCAUCGAGUAUUAGUAAAUGAUUCCAAGGUAGUGGAAAAUGGUUCCUCACCAACACAGAAUAAUCUGUCACCGGUCUCAAUUGGACCGAAAAAGCUUUAUACCGAGUUCGAGGGUAAACCCGAUGAUCCGAGUGACAGGCGUUAUGUUAGAUCUCCCGAAGAUAUACGUCAGACGUCAGUGUCUGAGGAUUUAUUUGGUAAAGACCGGCGUGCAAACCAACGUUUAUCAGAAAUAGACGAUGAAUAUAUGGUAGAUAUCGAUGAAGAUGCUAAGUUUAAAACUCUUCCGACCACUACUCAUGAACAGUCUCCAAAACUCUCUAAAUUUUCAGAAUAUUCGACCAUUAAGUCAAAUGACGUAUCCAAGAGAGACUUAGGUGACUCGCCCAAAGUGUAUCAUACCAAUCAGUCCCCUAGGAAGUGUUCUGGAUCUCCAAAUUUAAAAUCCCCACAACAGAUACUUAUCUCCCCAGUUAAUUCAUGUGCUUCUGGUCAACAGCAAAAAUAUCAAUCAAAAUCCCCUGUUCUUAUGCUUUCACCAAAGCUUCCUACAUCUUUUGAAAAUCAGGCUCCUAUUGACCAACCUAUUAUAAUUUCACCAUCUCGUAUCCCUUACCCAUCCUCCCUGUCAGGUCCCGGUUCCAAUAAUCGGAUGCCAUCACCACCCUGUGAGAAUGCCCGCAUAUCUUCACCUCCGGAUCUCUCAAAUCGAAACCAAGUUUCUUAUGAACUUUCUAGAAUACCAACACCACCACAACCAGAUAACAAAGAACAGGGUAAAGUGUUUUCAGAAGAAACAGAUCUACAUAAACUGGAGGAGAUUCCGUCACCUGAAAAACCUAGGAAACAACCCUCACCCUCACAUUCAGACAGACAAUUAAAAGUGACUCGUGGCUCCCGUUCGGCUUCCCGAAGUUCUACGUUAGGUUCUAGAUCAAAUUCUAGUUGUGCAUCUGACAGCUCUAGGUCUUGUUCUCGUUCACACUCCCAAACAAGCCCCCAAAAACGACGCCGACGAACCCCUCGUAGUCCUCCACCUCAUCUUGUUGAGAAGUGGAAAAUGCGUCGUGAAAUGCUAAACCAGAAGCGCCGCGUUGUACCACCGUCUGUAGCAGCUUAUGCGCCGUCUGGAUCAUCGGAAGAUCGUCUUCGUGGCAUUGAAAGACGUCAUUUAUCGGGAAGAAGUACCCACAUACAUUCUCGAUCACCAUCACGUUCCAUCCCAAGCCGUCGACGAAGUCGAUCCUCAAGUUCACGCUCUAAAUCAGGCUCAUACACACAUAGCCGUACGAAGUUAAAUGUUAGACGUGGUUCUCCUGAAGCAGAAAGUCUUCGCAGUCGAAGAAGAAGUCCAAGUCGCGACAGAAAGACAUCGCGUUCAAGAUCACAUAGCCGCUCGCCUCCAAAAAGUUUUGGGUUGAAGCACAGAGGUACUUCACCAAGUAAACCUAUCAUAGUAAUAACUAAGAAAAGUCAGACUACACAAAAACCCACGAAAAUUGUUACAGAAGAUCCAUCCACUGAAAAUGCUGUUACAACCAGUAAGUGGGAGAAUUCUCCUCAAAUCCUAGAGAAAAAUACAAAUCAACAUCUAGGUCCAUGGACUAACAAACAUUGGGAAACAGGCGAUAAGGUUGAAAUUGAUGAGUCUGUAAACAAAGAAGAGAAAAAAUUAGUCACUGCAAAAACCCAAGGUCCAAAUAGUAUUUCAAUUCUACAGAGACUUCGUGUAAUACAAGAGGAUUCUUCUAAGAACGAAGUACAUUUAAAUAAAGAUGAAAAUUCUCCCGCUGCUGUCAUUGAUAAUAAGGAAAAACUAGAAAACUCAGUUGCUGCUUCUAAUGAAACUACGUCUAUCCCAACCGUGCCAGCUAUGAUCAAACCCCAAGUUCCUCCAAUAUCUAAAAAUCAAGUCAAAAAACCAGCUGCAAUCAGAGGAAGGUCUCAUUCAUCCAGUUCUAGUUCUGCUUCUUCAUCUUCCUCAUCUGGAUCCUCUUCAAGAAGUUCCAGCAGACCUAAGCGUUCUCGUAAAAGAUGUCGGUCCAUAAGCUCAUCAGCACGCAAAAUGCAAAGGAGUGACUUUUCGGACUCCAGAAGCAGGGGUAGGGGUAGUCGUGGACGCUACUCUCCAGUUAGUCGUUCAUAUUAUACAAGAUCACGUUCUCGUUCAUUUUCAACAAGAGCUUCGACAAAUUGGGGCACACGUACCAGCUAUCCAAGUCGUAAUCGUUCUUGGUCUAGGUCUCGUUCCAGAUCGUUUUCCAGAGACUCUCGAUCUCAUAGCUCGAGUGCUCGUCGUCAUAAACGUCGUCACAGGAGAACACGUCGUGGGAGGAACUCUAGUCGUAGUUGGUCAUCGUCAAGAAGUUCUAGUAGAUCUAUAAGACGGCGCUAACUGUAAUAUUCUCAUAUGAAAAUGCCUUGUUCAGUCCUUUGUUUUAAAUGUAUUUAUUCAUGAUAUAAA